CGGAGGGCUUUCUUUCAACCAUAAAGUCAACCAGGUCCCGAUCUUCGCUCUUCCACCCUCUCCCUCUCUCUCUUCAUUAUUUUCUCAACGCAACAAGACUCGCUGUCUGUUGACCAUUGCUCCUCGCAUCACUACCCACUACCAAAUCUCCCCAUUUUUACUCCCCCAAAAUCGCAAACAUGGCAGGCUCUACUACCGUCUCGUACACUGCCAAUCUCCUGAAAUACAUGUCCCUUGACCAGAAGGGAAAUGCUAUGGCAGAGUACAUCUGGAUUGAUGCUUCUGGUGGUGUCCGUACCAAGUCAAAGACCCUCACCAAAGUUCCAGAAAACGGUAUUUUCAAGGUUGAAGAUCUCCCCGAGUGGAAUUUCGAUGGAUCGUCGACCGGCCAAGCCCCUGGCGACAACUCUGACGUCUACCUCCGACCCGUCGCGAUCUACCCCGAUCCAUUCCGCGGCGCACCCAACAUCUUGGUUAUCACUGAGUGCUGGGACCCCGACGGAACCCCAAACAAGUACAACUACCGCCAUGAGUGUGCUAAGCUCAUGGAGGCGCACAAGGAGCAUAAGCCGUGGUUUGGUCUUGAGCAGGAGUACACUCUUCUCGAUCAACUAGACAGACCAUACGGCUGGCCACAAGGCGGUUUCCCCGGCCCACAAGGCCCAUACUACUGUGGUGUUGGAACUGGCAAGGUCUACUGCAGAGAUAUCGUUGAGGCUCAUUACAAGGCUUGCUUGUUCGCUGGUGUCAAGAUCUCUGGUACCAAUGCCGAGGUUAUGCCAGCGCAAUGGGAGUUCCAGGUUGGUCCUUGUGAGGGCAUCGAGUUGGGCGAUCAACUCUGGCUCGCACGUUUCCUCCUUCACCGUAUCGCUGAGGAGUUUGGUGCCAAGAUCUCAUUCCACCCCAAGCCAAUUCCAGGUGACUGGAACGGAGCUGGUCUUCACAGCAACUUCUCCAGUGAGGAGAUGCGCAAGCCUGGUGGCAUGAAGCACAUCGAAGCCGCUAUCAAGAAGCUUGAGGGUCGCCACAAGGAGCACAUCGCAGUUUACGGAGAGGACAACACUCUACGUCUCACCGGCAGACAUGAGACUGGUAGCAUCGAUUCUUUCACUUAUGGUGUUGCCAACCGUGGUUGCUCCAUCCGUAUCCCCAGAGAAUGUGGUCACAAGGGAUAUGGUUACUUUGAGGAUAGACGACCGGCUUCAAAUGCCGAUCCUUAUCAAAUUACUGGUAUUAUGAUGGAGACUAUCUAUGGUUCCGUUGAGUAGAUUUAGAGGUGUUCAAACUGGUUUGGAUGGGUUUGGGCGUGUACAGAUUGGCGCAGUGAUUUCUAAGCCCUUGGGAUUGCCCGUUUCUGCAAGCGAUGUUUUUACUGCCUGCUCUCUAGUUUACAGAGUUGCCAUGUAAACUGCGCAUACAAAUCGAUACAAAAUUUAAAACUC